CUCUCCUUCCUCUAUUUCCAUCUUUGAGCUUUAUCCCUUCAUCCCUUAUCUCCUUCAUCCCCUCCAAUCCUCAUCUGUUCUUCACUGUGAAGGAAGGGAGAGAGAAAGAGAGAGUUUUUCACAAGUAAGCUCCUAGCAGUCUGCCGGGGAGAGCGUCUGAGGAACCAGCGAGCACGCUGCACCUUGGGAUUGUGGGAUCUAAAACCUCAGCCUGAAAGGGGGAUACAGAGCGGCAGGGUCCGGGAGAGGAACUGCACAGGCUUGUGGAAAGAGUGACAGUUUUGUUUUCUGUCAGUAACAUCCCCUAGCAACUGUUACCAUGGCAGCUGAGAAAGCUGAAAUGGAUAAACUGAAAAAGGAGUGCGACGGCCUCCGAGCACAAAUCGAGACGGCCCGCAAGGCUGUGGCUGACACCACCAUGUCAGGGGCCGCAGGGGGCGUGGCCUCGGUGGGCCGGGUCCAGCUGAAGAAUAGAAAGACACUCAAGGGUCACCUGGCCAAAAUCUACGCCAUGCACUGGGCAACUGACUCCAGGCAAAUGGUCAGCGCAUCACAGGACGGCAAGCUGCUCAUCUGGGACACCUUCACAGGGAACAAGGUGGCUGCCGUCCCACUUAAGUCUUCCUGGGUGAUGAGCUGUGCUUACGCCCCCUCUGGCAACAUGGUGGCCAGCGGCGGUCUGGACAACAUGUGUACAGUCUACAACAUCAAGGCUGCCAGCCCUAAGACGGUCAGGGAGCUGGACGCACACACUGGUUACCUGUCUUGCUGCCGUUUCCUUAGUGACACUGAGAUCCUCACUGCCUCCGGUGACACCACCUGCUGUCUGUGGGACCUGGAGACUGGCAAGCAGAAGGUCAUCUUCACCAACCACAUUGGAGACUGCAUGACUCUGGCUCUGUCCCCUGACAUGAACAUGUUCAUCUCUGGAGCCUGCGACUCGCUGGCCAAGCUGUGGGACAUGAGAGAGGGAACCUGCAAGCAGACCUUCUCAGGACACACCAGCGACAUCAACGCCAUCUCUUUCUUCCACUCUGGAAAUGCGAUCAUCACAGGCUCUGACGACUGCUCCUGCAAGAUGUACGACCUGCGCUCCGACCAGGAGGUGAUCACCUACCAGGACUCCAGCCUGAACUCUGGCGUCACGUCAUUGGCUCUUUCCCUGUCGGGCCGCCUCAUUUUCGCCGGCUAUGACGACUUCAACUGCCACAUCUGGGAUUCGCUGAAGGGAGAGAAAGUCGGUGUGCUGUCCGGUCAUGACAACAGGGUGAGCUGCACUGGCGUUCCCGGCGACGGCAUGGGCAUCUGCACAGGAUCCUGGGACAGUUUCCUGAAGCUGUGGAACUGAGCCGGACCAAAACACUGAGAGAGGGAGAGGAAGAGGAGGAGGAGGAGGAGAAGGAGGAGAGGAAGAGGAGGAGGAGGGGAUAUAGGGAGAUAGGAGAGGAGAUGAGGAGAGAAAAGAAGUUAGGAGUUAGAGGGUUCUGGGGUCUUCCUCUCUCUCUCUCUCUCUCUCUGUCCUUUGUUUUAUGCAAAAACACGAGCGGCUGUGAAUGGGACUUCAUAGGACGCACUGUACUGUAAAAAUGGCAUCACGGAAACAGUGCACAAUGCAUCCCGCUGUAUGUACAUGAGAGUUUUUACAAUGACUUAACAUCAAAAAAUAAAUAAAAAAUAAAAUAAAAUAAAAAAAAUAGCACAUUAUUGCAAGUGAAUACUGAGGAGAGAGUAAGCUCGUAUUGUAUCUAAGGUGAGAAAAAUGUCAAUGAAACACAUUUAGAUUUUGGACAAUAAAAGGAAGAAAACGUGAAUAUUGAAAAUGCAGAUUACUACUGAACAUGAUCCGAUACGUAGAGUUACAAAUUUAUUUUUAUUGUACUUUGACCUGUAUAAGACCCCACACUUACUUAGAUGGAAGAUGAUAUGUAAAUUUAUUUGUAUUUUAUAGUUAUAACACGUUAGUAAUGCAGAGUUGAUGUACAGUGCCGUUUAUUUUCUUUUUCUUUUUCUUUUUCUUUUUUUUUUUUUGGAGGCGGGAGGGCACGCAUUUCCAGAUCAUGUCUACAGCUGCUAAUGUUGGGUCACUGCUAACCAGACGUUGAUCCAAAAUGGCUGCCGCGCUUCCUGUUUCACUGUGCAGAUCCAGUGGUUUCCCCCUGACAAGCGUUGGGGUCGGGCCGCCGCCGUCUAAACCGACUGUGUGGUGCGGCCGCUUUGGCUCCUUGUCUUCAGGGAACGGAUAAAAUUAAAAAAAGGCAGCAGGCUGACAAACACACUGCAAACUUUAUUGUACGUACUCCCCAGAUUUCAACUGCAUUUUGUAGUACUUUUACACUUCUGCAGUACCUCUGUAAAAAAGAUGAAAUGUUUGAAAAUGUUUCUAAUAAAUAGAAUUCUGCAUUAACAACA